CGCGGGGCAGCGCGUGCCGGCAGCGGGCAUGGCGGAGGCGGGUCCGGGCCCGGGUCCGGGCGGGGAGGCCCCGUCUGAGGAGGCCGCGGCCGUCAUCGGCGCCACCGUGCCCACCGGGUUCGAGGCCACGGCGGCGGCGGAGGUGCAGGAGAAGCUGGGCUCGGCCUCGCGGGUCAGCAGGGACCGCGGCAAGAUCUACUUCUCCGUGCCGGCCCGCUGCCUGCCGCAGGUGCACCGCCUGCGCUCGGUGGACAACCUGUUCGUCGUGGUGCAGGAGUUCAGAGAUUACCAGUUCAAGGAAACCAAGGAAGAAGCUUUAAAGGAUUUGGAAGAUUUGGUUAAGAAACUGCCUUGGAAUGAUCCUUUGAAAGUUUGGGAGCUGAACAACAGCUUAAAAAAGAAAAAGACAAAACGCAAAAAGCAUAAUCAGCAGAGUUCUGCAAGCAAAGAAAAGGUGAAGGAUGAUGGAGAAGAGGAAGGAACAGAUCAAAAAGAUGCAAGUGAGCAAGAGGACUGUGCCCAAGCCGCAGAACCAGCUGGUGACCAGGGGCCAGAGGAGACGGGAGGAGCAGAAUCACAGAACGGGGAUGAUGACAACGAGCAGCCAGAGGCUAAAGAUGAACCAUGUGAUGGUUCUGGGGCUGAGACCAAGGCUGGUGAUGGCAAGGAAGGCGAAGGAGAUGCCAAGGUGUUGAAGUUCCGCGUUACCUGCAACAGAGCAGGCGACAAGCACAGCUUUACAUCUAACGAGGCUGCAAGAGACUUCGGCGGAGCUGUGCAGGAGCACUUCCAGUGGAAAGCUGACAUGACCAACUUCGAUGUAGAGGUUCUCCUGAAUAUUCACAAUAAUGAAGUAGUUGUGGGCAUUGCAUUAACUGAAGAGAGUCUUCACAGAAGAAAUAUUACACAUUUUGGACCCACAACUCUUCGUUCAACUCUGGCUUAUGGCAUGCUUAGACUCUGUGAUCCACAGCCAACGGAUAUCAUCGUUGAUCCCAUGUGCGGUACGGGUGCAAUACCAAUCGAGGGAGCUAUGGAGUGGCCUAGUUGCUACCACAUUGCUGGUGAUAACAACCCACAAGCUGUAAAGAGAGCAGCAAACAACAUCUGCUCUUUACUAAAGAAAAACGAAAAUAAGGAAAGCAGUACUUCCUUGGGCAUACCCUUAGACAUCAUUCAGUGGGAUAUUUGCAAUCUCCCUUUGCGGACUGGUUCUGUGGAUGUUAUCGUGACAGACAUGCCUUUUGGAAAGAGGAUAGGGUCAAAGAAGAAGAACUGGGAUCUCUAUCCAGCCUGCCUCAUGGAGAUGGGCCGCAUCUGCACGCCAGGGACAGGGAGAGCUGCUCUGCUUACGCAGGACAAGAAAUGCUUUGCCAAGGCCUUGUCAAGAAUGGGACACAUCUGGCGCAAAAAUCAAACUGUGUGGGUGAAUGUAGGGGGGCUUCACGCUGCAGUGUAUCUUCUGAAGCGCACCUGGGAAAGGGCAGAAGAAAAAAGAUCAUUCUGGUAACCCAUGUGGAAGAAGGCAGCAGACACCUGCAGAACAUCCUGAAUAGCAGUUCAGUAAAGGAGACACCUGAGACUAUGGCUGUCUGUCAAAUACUAAGACGAAAACAACAUACGCGGAAAUUGUGUAACAUGAACAUUGAACCAGGGAUCAACUUGAGAACUGCCAGUUGUACUGUGUGUUCUGAAACCACUUUUAAAUCAUCUCUUUCCACCCUGCCGCCCAAAAAUGAAAUUCAGUAGUGGUAUAUUAAUAGGGCUUUCCUUUGCCUGAGUCUUCUCUACUAUGUCUGUUGUGUUUUUUACAUUAAAUGUUUAUUUUCUUUGCUUACAGUAGAAAAUAUGUUGAGAUAUCCUUGGAGGUAACAGCUCAUUUUUCUUCCUCAAACUGUAGAAAUCAUACAUGUGUCUUAAAGUGACCAACAGCACUACUGAGCCUGUUACCUUGAAGGGCUUAGAGGUAGCAUCGCUUUAUUGUAGGAUGUUUCCAAUUCAACGUUUUUUAAUUUAUACUAUUGCCCAAAUGUAAACUAAGAUGAUUUUUUUAUAUUCUGGUAAGAAAAUACUAAUUACUAAACAGUAUGCUGCUGCUGCUGUUUGCGUUCAUACCGGUUACUUCAACCUAGUGCUAGUUAUUGGUGUCUGAUUCCUGUUUUCAUGUACCACUGCUGUGGGUGAGGGAGGUACCACAUGCAGCCUCAGCAAACUGUAGUUACUGUUUGAGAACAGAGACUUUUAGGAAUUACAUUUAAAAGUUCGUGUUUUCAAUGCCUACUGUAGACACAGCGAGGUGGCAGUAUGUAUAAAUUUAUUAGGGGACUUAAACUGCUGUAGACAUGCCACCGCAUUUACAAAAGUACAUUAUCCGUUCAAUAAACUCAAGUUGCAGAUAC